GCCUCUUCAGACGGCAAAGGGAUCCCCGAGAAACGUUGCAAGGAGCAGCAGCAGCAGCCGCAGCCAGCACACGAGGCAACCCAGUUCUCCUCUUUGCCUUUCGCAGGACGUGGAAGGGGGGAAAAGCCGACCACCUUUUUAAAAAAAGAAGCAGCAAGGCGAGCCGCGAGGCUUUUUCGUUAUCGCUUCUCCAGAACUCGUCGCCUCUGGUUCAAAGCCUUCGCCAGGGCAGAGUCCCUUCGCCCAGUCAAUCCCAGGCGUGAGGCGGGGAACUUGUUUAGUCUCUCGGCGCUCCCGUUUGUCUUCCGGUUUUGACCUGAAGAAAAGACCACAGAUCCGUCGCCACAAAAAGCAAGAUGAACUCCCAGGCGACCAGCUGUGUCUUCUUGGCUCUUGCCCUCCUCCAGUUCGUGGACACGGUGCUUGCAUCGUGCCCAGCUGUUUGCCAGUGCCCUUUGGAAGUUCCCAGAUGUGCCCCAGGAGUUGGUCUGGUUCUGGACGGUUGUGGAUGCUGUAAAGUCUGUGCGAAACAGCUCAACGAGGACUGCAGCAAGACCCAGCCUUGCGAUCACACCAAGGGGCUGGAAUGCAAUUUCGGCGCCAGUUCCACAGCUCCAAAGGGGAUCUGCAGAGCACAGUCAGAAGGCAGACCCUGCGAAUACAACUCCAAAAUUUAUCAGAAUGGAGAAAGUUUUCAGCCGAACUGCAAGCAUCAGUGCACAUGCAUCGACGGAGCUGUUGGCUGCAUCCCGCUUUGCCCUCAGGAACUUUCUCUGCCUAACUUGGGCUGCCCGAACCCAAGGCUAGUGAAAAUCCCCGGCCAGUGCUGCGAGGAAUGGGUCUGUGAUGACUCUAAAGAUACCCUGGAGGAGCUGGAAGGUUUCUUCAGCAAAGAGUUAGGCGUGGAUGCAUCCGAAGGAGAAUUAACCAGAAAAAAUGAGCUAAUAGCCAUUGUGAGAGGAGGCCUGAAAAUGUUACCUGUCUUUGAAUCCGAGCCUCGCAGCCACUCAUUUGAGAAUCCAAAGUGCAUUGUGCAAACAACUUCGUGGUCCCAGUGUUCAAAGACCUGUGGAACUGGUGUCUCUACUCGAGUCACCAACGAUAAUCCUGACUGCAGACUGGUGAAAGAAACCAGGAUAUGUGAAGUGAGGCCAUGUGGACAGCCUAUUUACGACUCUUUAAAAAAGGGAAAGAAAUGCACAAAGACCAGGAAGUCUCAAGCUCCGGUCAAGUUCACUUACGCAGGAUGUUCCAGUGUGAAGAAGUACCGUCCCAAGUACUGUGGCUCAUGUGUGGACAGCCGAUGCUGCACGCCCCAACAGACCAGGACAGUCAAGAUCCGCUUCCGCUGCGAUGAUGGAGAGACCUUCACUAAGAAUGUCAUGAUGAUCCAGUCAUGCAGAUGCAACUAUAACUGCCCUCAUGCAAAUGAAGCCUAUCCCAAUUACCGGUUAUUUAAUGACAUCCAUAAAUUCAGAGACUAAGUUGCGAUGUGCACAGCUUGAGCAGGAAGCUUGUUUUUGAAAAGUUUUUUUUUUUGAAGUAACAGUGAAGAAAUGAACUCUUAAUGGAAGUGAUGCCUUUGCCCAGUGGGGGGCAACACUGAGACACAAGAAUGCACUGUGCAACUGGAUACUAAUGCAACAGUUUGAACAUACUUAAAGCUUCAUAAUACUGGAGCAAUCUUAUUGCUUCAUUUUGGAGCACUUUCAUGAUUACUGAUUUCUGUUUGUAACUGAUCUGUUUAUAUUUUUGUCCUUCUGUCCUUGGCUGCGAAAACCUUCAGUUCUCUUCUCUUCUGUAGAAUGUCACACUUUUGUUGUUGUUGUUCCAAAAAAAUGACCUCAUGUUCGAGGUUACAUUCCUUCCUAAGGUGGGCGCUUUGGAGUUCUCAUCUAUGGCAGCUAUAGGUACCAGCUAUAUAUUUCAUACCCACAAACAGAAAUUGGUUGUUUUUAAAGCUGAAUAUUUUAUUUAUCAAAAUGUAGCUCGCUCUCUCUCUCCUUUUUUUUGUGGAAAAAAUCCCUAAUACUGGAAUAAGUUGUAAAUGAUUUAAUUUUAUAUUCAGUGAAUUAAGAGAAUUUUAUUUAUGGAAUUAAUCAUUUA